CGCUCUGAUGCAGUGAAACCGUGGCCUUGCGGCAACAGUGCAGAGAGAAAAUAAUUGGUCAACUUGAUUCUUCUCGACUCUUUACUGUAAUCAGCCAGUGUUCUUCCAUGACGCCCAGGCAACCCGCCAGUAACAAGGAUGGCCCAACCUUGCCCACGGGGCGCGACGUCACCAUGUUAAAGACAUUCUUGGUCUAUAAAGGAGACAUUCUAGUUUAUCUCCAAACAUUAUUUAAACAAUUUUAGCUGGAAGAACAGAGCUUUUUGAGACCAAUCAAUUAAAUCAUAAAUGAACAAUGGCGCCGACGAAUGAAAGACAAAUGAACGAAACCUCUAGUAAUGCCUCAGCGAGCCCCGCGGAGCCCAAGGGGAAGCGGCCUCCAGUGCUUGUGGACGGGGUGACUCUGAACGGCCCCACGCUUGACAUCCGUGAAGCAGAGAGCUUCCUCAGAGACGCCAUGCCCAUCAUCAUGGAGGAGGCCGUCUGGAAGGCUACUGACGUCAAGGAGAAGGUGUGCGAGUGGCGCUCUCCGGAGCAGCUGAAGGACCUAUUAGACCUAGAGCUGAGGGAAGGAGGCGAGGCACAUCCCCAGAUACUGCAGCGCUGUCGGGAUGCCAUCCGAUACAGUGUCAAGACCGGACAUCCUCUCUUCUUCAACCAGCUCUAUGCAGGCAUGGACCCUUAUUCACUAGUGGGCCGAUUCAUCACAGAAGCCAUCAACCCCAGUCUGUACACGUACGAGGUGGCUCCAGUGUUCUUGCUGACAGAGGAGGCGGUUCUGCAGAAGAUGAUUGAGAUCAUUGGAUGGCAGGAGGGAGGGGACGGCAUCUUCAGCCCAGGUGGCUCUGUGUCCAACAUGUAUGCUGUGAACGUGGCCAGGUAUCACCACUGUCCUGAUGUGAAGGUGCUGGGCCUGUCUGCCUUGCCUAGACUGGUCAUGUUUACAUCUCAGGAGUGUCAUUACUCGGUUGCCAAAGCAGCAGCUUUCCUGGGAAUUGGCACCAACAAUGUUUAUGUGAUCCCGUCAGAUAAGAGAGGGAAGAUGAUACCUGCGGAGUUUGAGAAGCAAGUACAGAGAGCCAAAGAUGAGGGAGCGUUGCCCUUCAUGGUGAACGCCACAGCAGGGACCACCGUACUAGGGGCCUUCGACCCGCUGGAGGAGAUAGCUGACAUCUGUGAACGACACAAUCUAUGGAUGCAUGUAGAUGCAUGUUGGGGAGGAGGAGCCCUGAUGUCUAAGAAACACAGAUACCUGCUGCAGGGCAUUCACAGAGCCAACUCAGUAGCAUGGAAUCCUCACAAGAUGCUGAUGGCUGGUCUACAGUGCUGUGCAUUCAUGGUUCGGGACAAAACGAAUCUUCUCCAGCGGUGUCACUCGGCCCAGGCCUCCUACCUCUUCCAGCAGGAUAAGUUCUAUGAUGUCAGCUAUGACACGGGAGACAAGUCCAUUCAGUGCAGCCGCAAGCCCGACGCCUUCAAGUUCUGGCUGAUGUGGAAAGCCAUCGGCACCAAGGGUCUGGAAGAGAGAGUGGACAGAGCCCUCGCUAUGGCCAGAUAUCUGGCAGAGGAGAUCAAGAAGAGAGAUGGAUUCCGUCUUGUGAUGGAGCCGGAGUACACCAACGUCUGUUUCUGGUACAUUCCUCCCAGUCUGAGGGACAUGGCUGACGGACCUGAGUUCUGGAGAAAUGUCCAUGCGGUGGCGCCAGUGGUUAAGGAGCGCAUGAUGAAGAAGGGCUCUAUGAUGGUAGGCUACCAGCCCCAUGGAGACAAGGCUAACUUCUUCAGACAGAUCAUCAUUAGCCCUCAGGUCAGCAGAGAAGACAUGGACUUUCUGCUGGACCAAAUACACAGCCUGGGGAUGGACUUAUGAUCCCAUGGGGAAUACCUACAAAAUGGCACCCCAUUCCCUCAAUGAGCCCUGGUCAAAAGUAGUGCACUAUAUACAGGGAAUUUGAGUACCAUUUUGAACAAAACCCAAAUGGUCAUGUUCAGUAGGCACGAAACAGGAGAUCCUGUUUUGAAACUGAGUGAAACGGAAGAGGUGGUACCCCAAACAUCCUAUAAGAAGUUUCCAAACGUCCUAUAAGAAGUUUCCAAACAUCCUAUAAGAAGUUUCCAAACAUCCUAUAAGAAGUUUCCAAACAUCCUAUAAGAAGUUUCCAAACAUCCUAUAAGAAGUUUCCAAACAUCCUAUAAGAAGUUUCCAAACAUCCUAUAAGAAGUUUCCAAACAUCCUAUAAGAAGUUUCCAAACAUCCUAUAAGAAGUUUCCAAACAUCCUAUAAGAAGUUUCCAAACAUCCUAUAAGAAGUUUCCAAACAUCCUAUAAGAAGUUUCCAAACAUCCUAUAAGAAGUUUCCAAACAUCCUAUAAGAAGUUUCCAAACAUCCUAUAAGAAGUUUCCAAACGUAAUUUAAGAAGUUUCCAAACAUCCUAUAAGAAGUUUCCAAACGUCCUAUAAGAAGUUUCCAAACAUCCUAUAAGAAGUUUCCAAACAUCCUAUAAGAAGUUUCCAAACAUCCUAUAAGAAGUUUCCAAACGUCCUAUAAGAAGUUUCCAAACAUCCUAUAAGAAGUUUCCAAACGUCCUAUAAGAAGUGUGUUAACUUGUUCUCUUAUUUGGUGCCCCAGGGCUGUGCAGAAGCCUCAGCAUGUCAUCCUUCCAUUGCCCGUCUCCAUAAAGUGCUCAAACGAGUACCUCUUUCUGCUAUUCACUAUCGAUUCCAUUUGUAAUUCUGAGGACAGGCAGUGUGUCCGUCCAUGAGACUGUAGACACAGUAGCUUGUGUCCGUCCAUGAGACAGUAGACACAGUAGCUUGUUCACGUCCAUGAGACUGUAGACACAGUAGCUUGUGUCCGUCCAUGAGACUGUAGACACAGUAGCUUGUGUCCGUCCAUGAGACAGUAGACACAGUAGCUUGUGUCCGUCCAUGAGACUGUAGACACAGUAGCUUGUUCACGUCCAUGAGACAGUAGACACAGUAGCUUGUGUCCGUCCAUGAGACAGUAGACACAGUAGCUUGUUCACGUCCAUGAGACUGUAGACACAGUAGCUUGUUCACGUCCAUGAGACUGUAGACACAGUAGCUUGUUCACGUCCAUGAGACUGUAGACACAGUAGCUUGUUCACGUCCAUGAGACUGUAGACACAGUAGCUUGUGUCCCUCCAUGAGACUGUAGACACAGUAGCUUGUUCACGUCCAUGAGACUGUAGACACAGUAGCUUGUUCACGUCCAUGAGACUGUAGACACAGUAGCUUGUUCACGUCCAUGAGACUGUAGACACAGUAGCUUGUUCACGUCCAUGAGACUGUAGACACAGUAGCUUGUGUCCGUCCAUGAGACUGUAGACACAGUAGCUUGUGUCCGUCCAUGAGACUGUAGACACAGUAGCUUGUGUCCGUCCAUGAGACUGUAGACACAGUAGCUUGUGUCCGUCCAUGAGACUGUAGACACAGUAGCUUGUUCACGUCCAUGAGACUGUAGACACAGUAGCUUGUUCACGUCCAUGAGACUGUAGACACAGUAGCUUGUUCACGUCCAUGAGACUGUAGACACAGUAGCUUGUUCACGUCCAUGAGACUGUAGACACAGUAGCUUGUGUCCGUCCAUGAGACUGUAGACACAGUAGCUUGUGUCCGUCCAUGAGACAGUAGACACAGUAGCUUGUGUCCGUCCAUGAGACUGUAGACACAGUAGCUUGUGUCCGUCCAUGAGACUGUAGACACAGUAGCUUGUUGACGUCCAUGAGACAGUAGACACAGUAGCUUGUGUCCGUCCAUGAGACUGUAGACACAGUAGCUUGUUGACGUCCAUGAGACUGUAGACACAGUAGCUUGUUGACGUCCAUGAGACAGUAGACACAGUAGCUUGUGUCCGUCCAUGAGACUGUAGACACAGUAGCUUGUUGACGGUUUUCAGGGCUCAACCUCUUCAUAGGAACCAAUUUCAGAUAAAUAAAAAACUCAAAAGUCAUUAUCCUUUAUGUCAAUGUGAUUUAUUUUUUUUUGAGUAAUAUAAUAAAUACUGUUUUAAUAUAACUGCUGUUGGAAAACGAGGCGUGCAACUUUUAGUAAAAGCUGAAAUGUUUCGAAGAGAUUUUAGGAGAUACGAUUUUAAGCGAUACCGAUUGAUUGUAAGAGAUUUAUAUAAAUAUUAAUAUAUGUUUAUUACUUGAUGAGAUUAAUAUAUAAAUCUUUAGAGAAUAAUGAUGUGUAAUGUGAUGCUUUAAAUCUAUUUUAGUUCUUUAUUUUCAUUUAGGAUUUUCUCUUUUGAAUUAAUUUUACGAUUAACUUUUACGAUUUUAAAAUCAUUUAAAAAAAAUGUUUUUAAAAACGUAGCACACCUAGUGCCUGAAUACUGUGAGUCCAUCUACAUCAAUCAGAUCUUAAAAUGGCUACCGUUGUUAUGUUUAAUAAACAGUUGUUGUUGUUUUUAGCAACACUUAACUUAAAGCCAGACAGAUGAAAUGCUUUCUUUCUAUGUUUUAAACGGACUCAAAAUGCCUGUUAUUUAGUCAUUACUACGAGACGAUAAUAAGACGAUAUAAGUGGUCAAACCUUAAUGCAUUACAGCUGCUUUAUAAUACAUUAUACCAGUUGGCUUUAAAAGGAAUGUGUUUUAUUUUGUAGCUUGGUGUUUACUUUAAACUUGUACCAAGUUCUGUGUACAAUACUAGGAUACGUGCAUUCUGUAGUAAUACCUCAUAUGGUAUUCUGGCAAGACAUUCUGUUUUCUCUUGUUGUUUUUGUUUUGUUCAGAUAUGUUGUCUGAAAAAAGCCUGUACGUGUUUGUUUGUUUUGUAGAUGGAGGUUUCACUGAGAAUUAUUUAUUUUCUUUAUCAGUGAAAAUAAAACCAUUUGUUUACUGAA